GGUUAAAUGUAAUAUUUUAUAUUAAGUUACUAGUACUCUUAAUAGAUUAAUAAGUAAACACACAUUAUCAUGUCCUUUAAGGUCGUUUUGCAUAAUUACAACAGUUUGUCAACCACUAAUUUAACUAAAUCUAUUUACAUACAACCAAUGAUAAAUAUAAUCCUGGAUGUAUCCCAUCUUCAUUUGAAUCAAAAAAAAAUUGAUAAAUAUAAAAAAUAAAAAAUAAAAAAAUAAAAAAAAAUAAUAACCAAUAUAAACCGCUUUUGUUAACAGUCACUCCAACCAACCGAGUUAAACACCUGGUAGCCAACAAUAAAUUGUCAAACAAGGCCAAAUACUUGCGGAGAGAAAAGAGUUGAUACUUAAUAGGAAGUGAGAUAAAAGAAAGUAAUGCACUAAUGUGUCAAAAGGAUGAAAUGAGAUGAGAAAAGAAUUCGGAGCAUUCUUGUAACGAAAGGACGAUUUUAAGAAAAUCCCUCCUAUAAUGAGCUUGGUGAGAUUCGACCUCUGACCUCACGUCUAAUUUUUUUUUUUUUAAAAAAAACCAGCUAAUUAUUAUAGUCUCCUGUCUCGAACGGACCAACGGAUGGAGUAAUUACCUUAGUUCUUUGUAUAAAAUUAAACUUCACUAUUUUGUUUUUUUAAAAAAAAAAAAAAAAAAAAAAAAAAAGCGUAUUUGUGUACAUCAAGUCAUCCAUGGUGUUAUAUUGUUAUGUAGCAAAGUAGGAGUAUAAAGUGUCUCUGAGAAAAAAAGGAUGAGGAAUCUUCAAACUCUGCUAAAAUUAUCAAGAAAAUCUCAACUCCCUUCUUCUCAAAAACCAUUGUUUUCCCCUUCAACAUUUCUCUCUCCUAAACCCCUAAAUCUCUUAAACCCUUCCCUUAAACCCUCCACCGUUUUUACUCCACAUUUGCCUUUUCUGUCAUCACAACACAAAGUUUCCGCAUUUUCUUCUCAAAUUCUUCGUUUUUUCAGCAUUUCUGGAGCUUCUGAUCACAAUGGAGAAGACCCAUAUGAAACUGAUCAAGAUUUGGUUAUUGAGGAAUGGGUGGAAGAGGAUGACACUGAUCCUGAGAUCGGUGAUGGAGGGGCUGGAGGUGGAAUUGUGCUCCAAAAUGUCCCCUGGGGUGAAAAAGUACUAUCUAUAGCACGUGAAGUUUUGCUACAAUUUGACGAUGACGUAAAGUUGUACUCUUUCAAGACUACUCCUCGCGGCUAUAUUUAUGUCAGACUCGACAAACUCUCCAAUGAGUAUGGCUGCCCCAGCAUAGAGCUAAUUGAAAGUUAUAGCCGAGAAUACAAGAAACGUUUGGAGGAAGAUGGAUUUAAGGGAGAGAUACCAAAUGAUCUUGCUCUGGAGGUAUCUUCUCCAGGUGCAGAGCGCCUACUAAGAAUACCGGAGGACUUACUUAGGUUCAAAGAUUUUCCUAUGGUGGUAUCUUAUGUUGAAGAAGGUACUGAAGCCAAAUCUCAGGAGAAGAGUGGGGUUUUCUUGCUUGAUUCUAUUGAGACAGAAACAGAGCAUUGUGUCUGGAAACUGGCUGACGUACGAGCAAAUAGGGAUCCUGCAAGUAAAGGAAGGCCAAUGAGUCGUAAAAGGAAGGAUUGGAGACUGAAGCUUCCAUAUUCAAAGCUGAAUAGAGUAACAUUAUACAUUGAGUAUUAAUUGCUGAAACAUAAUAUUAUUUUUGCAGUGUAGCCUAGUUUUUUCUGACCCUAAAAUUAUGUAUGGCAGUAUGGCACACUUAGUUUAGUUAUGUCGUAGAUGAAAAAAUUUCAGGAUAUGUUGCUAUAGUUAAUUUUGAGGCUAAAGAAAUGAGAUAUCACUAGUUUCCUGAUAGUCAAUGUGGAUGAUUAACUUCACUUGAUUCAUAUAAACAUCUAUUUGAUAGAAUUAUUCAUAGAAUCAUGUAAAAUUGUAAACUUUUUUGCAACAUUUCUCCGUUUUUCUAUAUUAUGCAGGGUUUUUUUUUUUUUUUUUUUUUUUUUUUUUUUUUUUUUUUUUUUUUUUUCCCAACUGCAACUGUAUUAGGCAGUUUCAGUGUUGAAGACUUGAAGCAUUGCCAUUUCUUGGUGUAUUUGAUAACCUACGGCUAUGGGCUAAACAACACGUUUGGUACAUAAUUACAAUGUUAAUGAUUUUAUAUGUACUCCGUAAAUUUUAUGGAAAAUCAAUAUGUCCAUGUUCAUGUUUCCCUUUCUUUUUGUACUCCCUUUAUUAG